AUGGUAUUCGUUAAAGGUCAAAAGAAAGCAACCAAAGGUUCAACUCAAUCUGGUGAAGAGAAAACCGCUUCAACCACCCCAAAAGUAACCAAAACCCCAACUGAAGGUGGUGAAAAGAAGAGAAAGAAGAGAAAGUCUGACUACACCUCAUUCUCAACCUACAUCCACAAGUUAUUGAAACAAAUUACUCCACCAACCAAUGCCAAGAGUAAUGAAAAAGGUGAUAGAAAAUUCACUAUCUCAUCCAAAGCCAUGUCUGUAAUGAACUCCUUUGUCCACGAUAUCUUUGACAGAAUCGCCACCGAAGCUUCUGGUUUAGCCAAAAAGAAGAAGAGACAAACUUUACACUCAAGAGAUAUUCAAGUUGCCGUUCGUAUCAUUCUCACUGGUGAGUUAGCUAAACAUGCCAUCUUACAAGGUAUGACUGCUGUCAACAAGUACAAUCCAACUGAAAGCAAAAACUAA